AUGUUCCACGUGCGAGCCACACGGGACAUGGUACAACAACAACAACCAACACAGUUAUCAUCAUCCUUCUUGCUGCUGAUCACACUAUUCUUUGUUGGACUCAUCCUUUCACCAUGCACAGCCGAAAUUCAUCCAAAUUCCAUUCAUGUAGUCGAUUCCUCACCUCCUUCCGAUAACCUUCACCUCCAAAAGGAUCCAACGUCUAGAUGGCAUAAGAAGCCAUCCAUUGCUGAAACGAUGGGAAUGAAUCCAUUUCAAAUCAUGAUGUUCGCCUCUCCCGAGAAUCAGGAUUCAUCAUCUUCUCCGAGUCGUACGGAUUCACUCAACUCAAUGAUGAGAAGUUAUUAUCAAAACAAUGAGAAUGCCAAAGUAGACUCAUCAUCAUCAAGUACGACAGCAAACUCCAAAGGUAAAGGCUAUCCGUUAAUUCUCGUCGGUGGACUUGGUGGAGUAGUUUUAAUGUCAAAACGUGAUCAUGCUUCGGAACCUCAUUGGUGGUGUCAACACACGACAGAUCCAUUUCAAAUUUGGAUUUCCAUCGAAGAGCUUGUUCCAUACUUGAGUGAGGACUGUUUCAUGCACGACCUGUCGCUUGAAUUGAAAGAAGGAGAAAGUCCAUACGAUCGUAAAAAGUUACUGAGACAGCUCGAUCCUCAUGUGAAAAUAUUUGGAAAAGAUUAUGGUGGUGUGGAAAGCGUGACUCACUUGGUGAAAGAAGCAGGCUCUCAAAGUGGGUACAUGAUCAAACUUAUUAACUUUUUAACCAGUAAUGGAUAUGAAAUUGGAAAAUCAUUAAGGGCAAUGCCUUACGACUGGAGAUUAGGUGUUGCUGAAUGGAGUGCACCAAAUAGUUCAACCACUGGAGGAGAUUAUCAUGCAUUUCAAAAAUUAAUUGAAGAAACGUAUGCAUUGAAUGGAAAUGUACCAGUUUCUCUACUGGGCCAUUCAAUGGGAGGACCGUUUGUUCAAUACUUUUUAGCAAAUUAUGUCUCACAAACAUGGAAAGACAAGUUUAUUUCACACUAUAUACCUUUUGCUGGAGCGUUUGAUGGUGCUCCCAUUGCAUUGCCAUUGGCCUUGGCAGGAUCUAAUUAUGGAGUUCCAACAUUCUCUCAAACGAUCGCCAAGAAAUUGACUCAACAAUUCGGAGGACCAAAUUUUAUGAUACCAAUCAUGUCUCAACAUUUCGAUUAUCCAAUAUUUACAUAUCUUUCUCCAAAUGGUACACGUCAAGACUAUUAUGCAACUCCCUCAAGUGUACAACAGCUCUAUAAGGACGCUAACAUGGAGAAAACGUGGGAUGUAUUCGAACAUGAAUAUUCUGAAUAUGCAAGUGUGAAAUUUAGAGCUCCAAACGUUUCCACACAUUGUGUGUAUGGAUAUGGUGUGAAAUCAUUGGCUCAUUUACAAUAUUCAGGACAAAAGCCAUUAAGCGAAAUACUUUUCGAUGAUAUUUUACACCACAGUGAAGCCCUUAAAAUCGAUGACGGAGAUGGAACUGUUCCUUUGUAUUCACUUGCCAUUUGUGAUGAUUUUGCAAAGCAACAACAACAGCCAGUCAUGGUCCAUCGAUUUUUCAAUGUGACUCACCUGACAGUGGUAACAGAUGACAAGGUAUUACAAACCUUGUUGGAUAUUUUGAAUACCCCCAUUGCGUAA